GUCCCGCCUUUUUCCUGUGUAUCAGCCAAUCAGAGCAGAGCCUGCCUCCACUUCCGGUGUGGGACGCAGAGUUGUAAGCGGCAUUCCGCUGCUCCACUGUGGAAAAUGUUUGAGUGACUUGACGUGGACUGCGUGUGGUCACUUAAUGACACGGCUACACAUAAUGUUCCGCAUGAGACGGCAGGUACCAGCUGGUGCACCUGAUGCCGCGAUGCGUCUCGCCGUAUUCCCCUGACAACCGGCGUAUCGGACACCAACAUUCGGCGACCACCAUGUCCAUCACCCUGCUGUGGGCCGUGGACGUGUACGGUAGGGUAUACAGCGUCUCCACCGCCGGCCAGCGUUGGGAGCGUGCCGACGACGCGCUUCUGGAGCUUAAACGCGUCACCGCCGGGAAGGGGCGCUGCUGGGGCAUCGGGUGUGACCACCACGUUUACCUCAACAUGAUGCCCCACGAGACACCCAUCCGCUACAGAGAGGAGACCUAUGAAAACCAGAGGUGGAACCCCGUGGACGGCUUCACGGAUACGCUGCUGCCCACCGACCGCUGGUCCUGGAGCGACGUGAUGGGCAUGAACCCUCAGUCGCUCCAAGGCUUCCAGUUGCCGUCUCGCAGCUGGGAGUGGGAAGGAGACUGGUAUGUGGACCAGAGCUGUGGAGGAGAACCAAGCCAGACUGGGGGCUGGGAGUAUGCCGUUGACUUCCCUGCUAACUUCUCUCCUGACAAAAAGUGGAACUCUUGCGUGCGUCGUCGACGCUGGAUACGCUACAGGAGAUACAUAGCACAAGGCUCCUGGGCAAAGAUCCCCAUGGACCAUCCCUGGAAGGCUCCCCUGCCUCUCUGUGACAUCAGCUGUGGCGGCUGGGAGAUGAGUGAUGAGUCUGGCAGGUAUCCUUACCUGUGGGCUGUGUCUCAACAAGGACAGGUGUGGUUUAGGGAGGGCAUCCACCCUCGGGUCCCAGAGGGCACCAGCUGGGAGGAGGUAGAUGUGCCCCAAGAGGUGGCCCAGUUAUCACUCGGACCGAGAGACCUGCUGUGGGCUGUACUGUGGGAUGGGAACCUUAUGGUCCGAACGGGUCUCAGCCUGGACAACCCGAUUGGCACAUCAUGGGUGGAGUUGGCCUCGCCCGCAAAGGAAGUAGAAACCCUUCACGUCACUGUAGGGGUCAGUGUCGUCUGGGUGGUAACUAAGGACUACAAGGUGUGGUUCCGGCGGGGUGUCAAUUCCCAUAAUCCCUGCGGCUCGGGCUGGAUCAGCAUAGGUGGCGAGAUGAUGAUGGUUGACGUGGGACUCAACGACCAGGUUUGGGCUGUGGGUGAGGAUCGCGGCCUGUAUUUCCGAAUGGGUGUAACGCCUUCGGAACCAAGUGGGAAUGGCUGGAUCCCUGUUUCUGCCCAGUGGGGCAACAGCAAAGAAGCUGCCCCUCCCAGUAACCAGCAGACAGAAGCCUCCAGAAGCUCCAUACUGAGCUGCACUGACUCCGGUUUAGAGCGAGGCCCGACUGAGCCCCCAAACAGCACCCCAGUCCUGGAGGCGGCGGACCCCUCGGUGGUACCCUUAGGGGGAUCUGACACAGCCCCUCAACGAAGAGAGGACACUCCCGCAGCUCCCAAAUCUCUCAUCCCUGCGAGCGACAGCUUCAUUAACAGUCUCGUGUCGGACCGCGACAAAACAUCUACACUCCAACAGACCAUCGAACCUCAGGAGGAAGGGGGCCGGUUCUCCCCAGCACAGAUCCUCAUGAGCCCCGACGCUGCAGGACCCAUCACACCUUGGAGUAAUGUGGACCUGGAAGGGGCAGAGGCGUCCAGAAGCACACACGCCGCAGCAGGGGCUUGCUCAGGCAAUGACACUGCUGCUUACGGACUUGGUCUGGAUGGCUCGCACGGGAUCGGGGAGGAGGACGGCCCUGUUUGGGCUUGGAUCUCUGGAGGAGGCUGCAGUGUGGACGCUUCCUCUCAAAUCAGCUGGCUCAGCGCUACAGGUCCUCUGGUCAGCUCUUUGUCACUGACCCCAGUGCAGUCUUCAGCAUGGAGCGAGCAGGAGCACAAAGAUGAUAUCAACAAGAAACCUCUAGAAAGGAGCAACGUAAGGUCCAUAUGGGUGCGUAAAGGCACACUACGCUGGUGGAGAGACUGGAAACCUCAGCGCUGGUCGGAUGUGAGCGUGGCUUUGGAGCAGUCCACCAAAUCGGAUGGGAAGAAGGACAGCAUCUUUUUUGUUUACUACAUGCAAUAUGAUGAGAAAAAGUACCUUCACGUUUUCAUCAAUGAAGUGACAGCUCUGGUUCCGGUGAUACGGGACUGCCACUAUGCUUUUGCCGUGUAUACCGGCCAGAGGAGCAGACAGAGGUGUCCCCUGCUCCUGGCAGCUCUCACCGAACAGGACAUGAAUGACUGGUUGACUCUGUUGUCUGACUGUUGCUGCGAGUGUCGAGGGAUCACUGCUCCCCCGUCCAGACAUGCUUUGUGGUCCACGACGUCGAAAGGGGACAUUUUUGUCCAUGAGCCGUCCUUCUCCCUGGAGGCUGCCACUCACACACUGACAUGUGACCUCAUGUUCUGGCGCCAGGUCCCCGGUCACCUGCGCUGUGUAGAGUCUAACAGUCUGGGGCUGGUGUGGGGCAUCGGGUGGGAUGGCACUGCCUGGGUGUACGGUGGGCGUUGCGGGCAACAGGCCACCCCGGAUGCAGAUGCAGGUGACGUGCACCGGCAGACUGACGCCAGGAGCGUGCAAGUGUAUGAAAAUCAAAGAUGGAACCCAGUGACAGGCUACACAGACAAAGGACUUCCCACUGACCGCCCCAUGUGGAGUGACGAGAGUGGACUGAGGGAGUGCACCAAAGGCAACACACACCCACCCUCGCCUCAGUGGUCCUGGGUGUCAGAGUGGGCCGUGGACCAGACUGUGCCAGGAGGGACGGAUAAAGAAGGAUGGCAGUACGCUGCAGACUUUCCCACAACAUUCCAUGGACACAAAACCAUGAAGGACUUUGUACGGCGUAGACGAUGGUCAAGAAAGUGUAAGAUCACAUUGAGCGGACCGUGGCAGGAAGUCCCGCCCAUCCCUCUGAGUGACAUCUCUCUGAUGCCGUGCUUGGCUCACAGCAAGAUGGAGGAGGUCCCCCUGUGGGCCCUCAGCGACAAGGGGGGCGUGCUGUGUCGGCUUGGGGUCACCACUCAGAACCCCGCGGGCACCUCAUGGCUUCACGUGGGCACUGACCAGCCCUUUAAGUCCAUCUCCAUAGGCGGGGCCAAUCAAGUGUGGGCCAUCGCCAAGGAUGGCGCCGUUUUCUACAGGGGCUCUGUGUCCCCCCACAACCCUGCAGGUGAGUGCUGGUACCACAUCCCCUCCCCCUCCAGGCAGACCCUGAGACAAGUGUCAGUGGGCCGCACUUCCGUGUUUGCAGUGGAUGAAAACUGUAACCUUUGGUACAGACAAGGCCUCACGCCCAGCUACCCUCAGGGGUCCGCAUGGGAGCUCAUCUCCAACAACGUCACCAAGGUCUCUGUCGGCCCUCUUGACCAGAUGUGGAUCAUAGCAGACGGAAUGCCAGGCUUCCCUGCCGAGACCCCUGGAGCGCUUUGCCACCGACUAGGGGUGGGGCCUAUGCAGCCUAAAGGUCAACACUGGGACUACGGUCUAGGGGGAGGCUGGGAACACGUCAGCGUGAGGGCCAACUCAGUGGAGGCUCCUCGCACUCAGCACCCACUCCCACCUGGACCCUCACACAGCCCACAGCUUCCAAGCAGAGCCAAUGGGAACGCAAUGGUGGGUGUUUCCGUUUAAGCCCCGCCCUCUUUGUGUGUGCCCGGGUCCUCAUUAGACCACUUGGGGACUGAAGGCUGCACAAAGGCAACAUGAGGCAUUUAUGUACAUUGUUUUGUAUUUUUAAAGGGUUUGGUGUCGGCUUUCAUUCCGAACACAAAAGGGCACAAAACAUUUCUCCUUUGUGUGUAAGUUAUUUAAUAUAAGUCAGCAUGUUAUUGCUUUUAUUCAUUUCUUUGUCUCACUUGUGCACGUUUGUUUUUUUUUUCCAAAAAUGUGACAUAUGUAUGAAAGCUACAGAUAAAUUAUAAGCGGUGGUAAAAG